CUGUCCUUCCCCCCCCGAGUAGUGUCUCCGUCGCUGAUGAUCCUCAAGCCUUCCUAUCCCCCGUAUGACAAAUACAUCGGACUAGACCACGCAGGCGCUGUAAAGGCCUACCCUCCGUAUCUGAGGGCUUUUCCAACACCCUUGUCGCCUGCACUCCCGACUAUUGAAGACAGGCCCUCUGAGGCGGAGGACGGAGCUCGGCUCUGUUCGCGCGCGCGCUCCGCCUCUCCUGCGGUUUUAUUGGCUGUAGCGGUCAGGGGGCGGGCUUCGGCCCGUCCUCCCGAGGUCGGUUUCUGCUCCAUGUGGGAAGCGAGAGGUGGCGGGCGGAUGAGUCUGCCUUCCAUUCACAGGUGCAUUCAACUCAAUCAGGAAAAUGAACUGCUGCAUAAGAAGCUGAGGCACAUACGCCUAAAAAACAAGCAGUUGGAAUAUGACUUGGUACAGACACAAGAGCAACUGCAAGCACAAAAUAAGUUCAUGCCUGUUUGUGUCACAAAAAGAAAUGUGCAAGUUCAAACAGAAAUCCAUUUAUGGCAUAAAGGUGAUGGAGUUCAUGCCAGGCAACAUGAAGUCGCAAAAGAAAAUGCCAGAUUGCGUCAGAUGAAUAAUAAUCUGCAGAAAAGGCAUAAUAAAGAAAUGAAAACAAAUCAAGAACAAAAUGAAACAAUUGCAGUGCUUUCUGUUAAAAUUAAUGAGCUGGAACAACAACUUCAGUUGGCAAAGCAAAAGAUAAAGGAGUUGGAAAGCAAAAAGGUUAUGCAAAAGGGCAAAACUGUCCCAGGUACUUCAGCACAGAGAAAGUCACCAUCUCACAAAUGUGUAUGCAAAAAGAAAGGGGGAUGUUCCUGCAGAUAUUUAGACCAGUUGCUUUUGGAGAUUCAACAGCUGAAGAAGGAAAAUGAAAAGCUAUCUAGAGAGAGAAGAAUGCUGAGAAAUGAACUUGUUGCAUUAGACAAGGAUUUUUUUGAUGAAAUAGAAGAUUUAAAAUAUGCUCUUCAAGAAUCAUUAAAACUGAACAAUCAGUAUGAGAAGUGCUUCAAACAACUGAGUUCAACAUAUGGAAUUACUUUUGCAUCAGUUUUGCCAGGUGGUCAUCACCACAGAGGCUUACAGAAAUGAAACAGCCAUAUAAGAUUACUGAUAAAGUGUUUAAUAUCUAGUACAAUUCAUAAAAUAUAUUUUUCACAUUAAAGGACUUUUUGUAAUAAAAUCAUGAUUUAACCAA